UUCUUCUUCCCCUUUCCCCCCGGAGGGGGUGGGGAGCGGGAGCCCGAAAGGGGGAAAGCCAACAUCCAAACGCCCCAAAGACAGCCGGCGAGAGCGCGCGGAGACCGAUGGCUUCGCUCUACCAGAGGUUCACCGGCAAGAUCAACACCUCGCGGUCCUUCCCGGCGCCCCCGGAGGCGAGCCGCCUCCUGGGCGGCCAGGGGUCGGAGGAGGACGGCGCGGGGCCCAAGCCCCUCGGAGCCCCGGCGCCCGCGGCGGCGCCCCGGGAGCGCGGCGGCGGCGGCGCGGGUGGUCGGCCCCGGUUCCAGUACCAGGCGCGGAGCGACUGUGACGACGAGGAUGAGCUGGUGGGGAGUAACCCUCCCCAGAGAAACUGGAAAGGAAUCGCGAUCGCGCUGCUGGUCAUUCUGGUCAUCUGCUCCCUCAUCGUCACCUCGGUGAUCCUGCUGACACCAGCGGAAGAUAACAGCCUGUCUCAAAAGAAGAAGGUAACUGUGGAAGAUCUCUUCAGUGAAGAUUUCACAAUCCAUGACCCCGAGGCUCAGUGGAUAAGUGAUAAUGAAUUCAUCUACAGAGAGCAGAAAGGAAGUGUGCUACUGUGGAAUGUUGAAACAAAUACUUCUACGGUGUUAAUAGAAGGCAAAAAAAUUGAAUCAUUAAGAGCUGUCAGAUAUGAAAUAUCUCCAGAUAGAGAGUACGCUCUUUUCUCAUAUAACGUGGAACCAAUAUAUCAGCACUCCUAUACUGGAUAUUAUGUCCUGAGCAAAAUUCCUCAUGGGGAUCCUCAAAGUCUAGAUCCACCAGAAGUUAGCAACGCAAAACUUCAGUAUGCAGGAUGGGGCCCCAAGGGUCAACAGCUGAUAUUCAUCUUUGAAAACAACAUCUACUACUGUGCACACGUUGGGAAGCAGGCCAUCCGCGUGGUCUCAACUGGGAAGGAAGGUGUGAUUUACAACGGCCUUAGUGACUGGCUGUACGAAGAGGAGAUUUUAAAGACCCAUGUCGCACACUGGUGGUCUCCAGAUGGUACGCGGCUCGCCUAUACCACCAUCAACGACUCCCGCGUGCCAGUCAUGGAGCUGCCCACCUACACCGGCUCCGUCUACCCCACCGGGAAGCCCUAUCACUACCCCAAGGCUGGAUGUGAAAACCCCAGUAUCUCGCUGCACGUCAUUGGCCUAAACGGACCGACGCACGACCUGGAGAUGAUGCCGCCUGACGACGCACGGAUGAGGGAGUACUACAUCACCAUGGUCAAGUGGGCCACCAGCACCAAGGUCGCCGUGAACUGGCUGAGCCGGGCGCAGAACGUGUCCAUCCUCACCCUCUGCGACGCCACCACCGGGGUCUGCACCAAGAAACACGAGGAUGAAAGCGAAGCCUGGCUCCACAGACAGAAUGAAGAGCCAGUGUUCUCCAAGGACGGCCGGAAGUUCUUCUUUGUCCGAGCGAUCCCCCAGGGGGGGCAGGGGAAGUUCUACCACAUCACCGUGUCCUCCUCCCAGCCCAACAGCAGCAACGACAACAUCCAGUCCAUCACCUCCGGGGACUGGGACGUGACCAAGAUCCUGGCCUACGACGAGAAGCGGGACAGGAUCUACUUCCUCAGCACCGAGGACCUGCCGAGGAGACGCCAGCUGUACAGUGCCAACACGGUGGGCAACUUCAACAGGCAGUGCCUGUCCUGCGACCUGGUGGACAACUGCACCUACUUCAGCGCCGCCUUCAGCCCCAGUGCCGACUUCUUCCUGCUCAAGUGUGAAGGUCCUGGGGUCCCCACGGUGACCGUGCACAACACGACGGAUAAGAACAAAAUUCUUGACCUAGAAACAAAUGAACAUGUACAGAAAGCCAUAAACGACCGGCAGAUGCCUAAAGUGGAAUACAGGAAAAUCGAGAUUGACGAUUACCACUUGCCGGUGCAGAUCCUCAAGCCAGCGACCUUCACCGACACGGCCCACUACCCCUUGCUGCUGGUGCUGGAUGGCGCCCCAGGGAGCCAGAGCGUGGCCGAGAAAUUCGAGCUGACCUGGGAGACAGUGAUGGUGAGCAGUCACGGGGCCGUGGUGGUCAAGUGCGACGGCCGUGGCAGUGGCUUCCAAGGCACCAAGCUGCUGCACGAGGUGAAGCGGAGGCUGGGCUCCCUGGAGGAGAAGGACCAGAUGGAGGCUGUGCGGAUGAUGCUGAAGGAGCAGUACAUCGACAGGACGCGCGUGGGCGUGUUUGGGAAGGAUUACGGUGGGUACCUGAGCAUGUACAUCCUCCCCGCGAAGAGUGAGAAUCAAGGCCCGGUUUUCACCUGUGGCUCCGCGCUCUCCCCGAUAACAGACUUCAAGCUCUACGCAUCUGCAUUUUCCGAGAGGUACUUGGGCCUCCACGGACUUGACAACAGAGCGUAUGAGAUGGCCAAGGUGGCGCACCGCGUGUCCGCGCUGGAAGGGCAGCAGCUCCUGAUGAUCCACGCGACCGCGGACGAAAAAAUCCAUUUCCAACACACCGCAGAACUCAUCACACAGCUCAUUAAGGGAAAGGCAAAUUACAGCUUACAGAUAUACCCGGACGAGAGCCACUACUUCAGCAGCGCUCCCCUGCAGCAGCACCUGUACCGAGCCCUCAUCAGCUUCUUCGUGGAGUGCUUCAGGGUCCAGGACAAGCUCCCGGCAGCCUCAGCGAAAGAGGAGGAGGAGGAGGACUGACCAGCCGGCCAUCAGAGCCUGGCUCCUCCUGCAACUAUGGACACCCACCAACCGGGGAAUCCCGCCUCCCUCUCCCGCAGAGGCCGGGGGUGGGGGCGGGAAGCGUCACCUUCAUAGCAUGUGUGUCUCGGGUCCUGAAGGCAGUUUUGCUCCAGAAACAAG